AUGCGUGGGGUCCAAAUCUUCUCAGGCAGCUCGCAUCCUACCCUAACAGAGGCCAUUUGUGAACGUCUAGGCACGCUCCCGGCCAAAUGUGAACUCCGCAAAUUCAGUAACGGAGAAACAAGCGUCAAUAUUGGUGUUUCCGUGCGGAACCAGGAUGUUUUCAUUGUGCAAAGCGGAAGCUCCAAGAUCAAUGAUAGCGUUAUGGAACUGCUUAUCAUGAUAUCCGCUUGUAAAGGUGGCUCUGCCAAAUCAAUUACCGCGGUGAUGCCGUAG